AUGGCGGAGUUUCCGCCAUUGGCCCCGGUGCCCUCCCCCGCAGUGCGGAGGUCAAUUCUAUCUGAUGACUGGGAAUCCUGCCUGGAUGCAUGGAUGAUGCUUCUUGGUAUUCGCCUAAAUGCUUCAGAAGAACAGUUCAAAACUGCCGGCUGCAAGGACCUUCCAGUGGUCUCAUUCCUGGACUCGUUCUACCAAUAUGCCGCAGCCGGGGAUCCUGAUCUACAAGCUGGACCUAAAGCUCGACAAUUACGAAAGCUCUGCUUUCUUGCUACGAGACGUUAUAUUCUCGGGCUCCCUAAACCCCCAGAAGGUCUUUUGAAUUGGCAGUUCCUGGGGAACCUAUGUUGCUGUUAUCCAUCAAGCAAUGCAUUGAAGACGUCAUUAUCGACUGCCUGGGAUAUGCACCAUGAACAGAUCUCGUCAAGCUUAGAAAAAGCAAAGUCUAUGGUCACCAGCCAGUUAUUACUUGGUGGGAAAUCAGCAGACUCAAAAAUUACAUCAAACAUUCGAAGUCUCACAAUCCUGGCCUCGGUAUUGCCGCCUUGUGGCCAGCUUCUAAUGGCAGGAUCGGACUUUUUGGAUACCCUCGUUGAGGCCUACGACGCGCAGCCACGGGAGCAACUCCGAAAAAUUAUUGUUGCCAACGUUUAUGUGGGCCUUGUCUCAUUAUUGAAAGAGCCAUCGACCAACCUGUCUCUACUUCUUGACCAACUGUUCGGCCUCAAAGCAGGCGCCGGAGUCGGCACACCCAGGAUGAAGAAGGAGGCCACCCUUUUGUCCGAUCUUGUCUGCAGCUCAGACGUACUGCAACGCCUCGAAAAAUACCUUACGAGCCACCCUCAGAAACGAGGAGAGGACCUUCUCGCCAGCUUGCGAGCUUAUCAGAUGGAAACGAGAGCCCUUCACCACCGGUAUCAAAGACGAAAAAAGAUCGACAAGGGCAAAGGAGUCUCAUCAGGAUCUCUUAUUCCGGACGAGCUCCACGCACACAAGAUGUCACUUGUCUCCCAAGUGCAAGAUCUCUUCCCAGAUCUCGGAUCCGCAUUCGUCACGACUCCCUCCCCCAAGAAUUACAAUCUCUCGACCGAUCUGAACAGCUCCCACCCCAAGCUAAACCAGUCUCCCAUCUGGCCCCCCCGACCAACACCACCAGUCUCCCCUCGGCAAGCUGCUGUCCCAACCCGUCGUAACGCCUUCGAUGAAGACGUCGACAUUGCCGAAAUAAGCCGCACAGGCGAUGCAGAAGGCAAACUCCACUUCGGACGCGCAGACGCAGACCAAACCGCCGACACUGUCUUAGCAGACCGCAGCCAACACGCCGUCAAUAAAGCUGCAAUUUUGUCCGCACUGGCAAGCUUCGACUCCGAUGACGAUGAGCGCGAUGACACAUACGACGUCGCCGAUGUAGGCGGCACCGUCGACGCGGCCACAGCAGGCAUAGACGCUGAAGCGGAUGCCGAAGCUCAGACCCGGCGUGCGGCAGAUCUGGAUAUGACACUCUUCCGCGCGUACAAGGGCAAUGCGGCGCUAUUUGCUCGGGACUCCGCAACGCGUCGCUCGCAACCUCGGGCUACGCUGAAGCGGGAUACCAACAUGACGGAUGAGGCUAUUGAGGGAUGGGCUGUUAUGUUGGCGCGGGAUCCGAAGAGGCUUGCGAAGUUGGAGGAUAGCCUAGCGGUUGAUGCAGGCGGUGCUGGUGCUGGUGCGCUGAAUCAGCCUUCAUUGCCUUCGACAUCUUACAGGAGACCGCAAAGAGAUGAUGAUUCCGGGGAUGAUGGGGAGACUGAGCAUGGAGGGAGCCGUGGAAGAGGUGGUGGCAGUGGCCGGGGCCGGGGUAGAGGUCGCGGUGGUCGAGGGCGAGGAGGUCGGCCUCUGGAGCCUGAUAGUGCGGCGGCGCAUCAGAGGAAGGAGCAGAAUAAGGCGAGUCGGGCGAAUCAUAACCGUCGACAGCAGAGGGCUAAGAAGAUUGCGCGCGGAGGUGGUCUACCGGGUUAA